CUUUUUCUUCUUCCUGUGCACUCGGAUUCCAAAACACUCAACCGACAUUCCAACCUAAGGGCCGGCUUUUUCCUCUUAUACCCUAUCCCCCUGGCCUGUCUCGGUUGGGCUCCAACACGGCAGAGAUAGUCUUAAAUUGUCUCUUGAAGCCCAACUCAAAGGGGUAAGGGAGCUUGUCCCCCCGGCCCACAGCCUUGCGUCCCUGUCGCUGGGCCAAUUCGCCCAAUUCGCCCAAUUUUUGGACCCCCUUCAAUUCACCUUGCCCUCUUAUAUAUUUUUGUUCGGGCACAUCUGCAGCAUCCUCCCACGCUGCCUGUCAAAUCAGCACCAAACACAUCUCUCUGCUGCUCUAGGCCCCCCCCCGCUCCCCCAUCAUCAACCCGGACUUGAACAUGUCGUCUAAGAACCACGUCAAGUUCCGGAAGGACUCCUCUCCUACGAGUGGGUCAUCCACCGCCAGCAGCCAUCGCCGGAGCGACUCUGGAGUUGGUUCGUUGAGCGACCACGGCAGCCGCACCGCUUACUCCGAUCGAGCCUUUACACCUUCCGACUACGAGCCGCAGCGGUACAACAUCUCCGCCCUACAAGAUGCUCUCGGCGCCGCGCAUGAGUCGCGCGACCGGUGGAAGGCAAAGGCCCAGGACCUCGACAACGACCUCAAAGACACUCGCAAAGACUUGAAGGAGAUCGAAGCCAGAUGGAGCGCCCUCGUCGACCGGAACGAGCUCAUCGAAGGGGAGAAGAAGAAGCUCCACAGCGAGAAGAAAUCACUCGCUGAGGAGAACGCCUCCCUCCGCGACCAGAUCGCGACCCUCCAGGCAGCCCUCGAGAAGGCGGAAAAGAAGAGCAAGAGGCAGCAGGCCGACUCGCCCCCCUCCAUGAGCGGCGCCAUUCCCGCCGAGGCCCCCAAACUCCGCCGCAGUCCCAGCAAGCGCGAGAAGGAGAAGGCCAACGAGGCGGAGCAGGCGCAGAAGGAGAAGGCGAGGCUAUCGAGACGCUUUGAGCGCAGCGACGAGAGCAGCGACGGCAACAGCACCAGCACUGCCAAGUCGCACCGGUCGCGACGCGCGAGCUACGUUGAACCACUCGGACCGCCUGCCGCAAGGCCGACGAUCGGCCAGGUCCCGCCAUCCCCGACACGACACUAUUCCCACUACACAACCUCGUCGCAAUAUCCGCCGCAGUACCCAAACAUCCGCGAGCCCGCCGUCUCCAAUCUCCCAAGGUCAAUUCAUCCGAAGGUCUCGUAUGUCUACGAAGAACCGAAGGCCUGGGAAGGUUCAAGGAGAUGAGCGAGUGACAACCAACAAGCCCUGGGAUUUAUUGGGCAACUUUUUUUUUUUUGGUCCCUCGGCUCCCCCACAUGCACCUUCAACGGUUCGUCCCGCAGCGAGUUGCGCUACCUACACCCUACCCUACACCCCACAUUCUACCAACCGCAAAAAUAUGGGACAAAGAAAAAGGAAACGUAGAUGAUACCCCCCUGAUUGGUUCAACAAAUGGCUUCUGCGGCAAUACCUUAGAUUUUUCUUCGCGAUCACCUCGCAAUCCGCUUUCUGCUUUCUCGUUCCCCGUUCCCCUCAUCACCACCCCCUCUUAAAUCAACCCUACACAAACGUUUUGGGAAUCUGGGUAUUUUUUUCUCGCCUCCGGGGUCAAUGUGAGGUCGCCCUCCACACACCCCUGAGUCCCCAGGUGGCCGGCCUGCCAUACCUGACCCUUCUUCAAAAGACAUCAAAACAAAAAGGCACAUGAAAAAGAACAAGAAAAAAGGGGUGGAGCUGC